GCAGUAACUUUUUACUGUCGUCAGGGCUGUGCUGUCUCACCGGACCAAAAGGGGUUUUCACAAGCUCACAAAAUGGAGUUCACGCUCUUUAUCACAGUUCGACCAAAACUUAUUGGAAUUAAAUGAAACGUCGAUAUAUGGAUUGUAUGGAUGAGUGAACUGCGAUUUACUGUUUAAACUGAAUUUAACGCACACCUACGGAGCUGAUCAGUAACUUCACGAUGGGUGAUCUCCGAGAAAGGUUUAUAAUGUGCUGGCAAAAUACUUUCUCCUGUUUUAGCGAGCCGGAGACUGACCGCCCACCUGCCACCAAGAAAGGCGAUAUUGUAGUGAUUCAAAAUGCACACACGGAGCCCCCCGCCAGGGUCUUACCGCCGAUACCUGGGGAGAAACCCGACUACGUUUACAUUGCUCUGUACGACUACACGGCGCGCACGGAAAAUGAUUUGAGUUUUCACGCAGGGGAUAAACUGGAGCCACUAAAUAAAGGCGAAGAUUGGUGGUACGUGAGAGGAAUCACCGGGAUUUCAGCCAACAAGCAAGGCUACGUUCCUGCGAAUUACGUUGCGCCAGUCGAAAGCCUCGAUGCUGAACCAUGGUAUUUUCCAGAAACAAAGCGCUUGGAUGCUGAAAAGAUGCUGCUGUCUGAUGAGAACCAGAAUGGAGCUUUUCUCAUUAGAAACUGUGAAAGCCAGACAGGGGAGCUCUCACUUUCAGUGCUGGACAACUCCAAGGUGAAGCAUUAUAAGAUCAAAAAGUUGGAUAACGGUGGCUACUUCGUGUCAAAGACUCGGAAUUUUCCCACACUGAGAGAACUAGUGGAGCACUACACCAAAUAUGAAGAUGGCCUCUGUAUCUGUCUUGGAGAACCCUGUAAAAAAACAAUAGCUCCAGAGACCUAUGGUCUAUCUUAUAAUACAGUGGAUCAAUGGGAGAUUCCACGUACCUCUGUGAAACUCCUGAAGAAGUUGGGAGCAGGGCAGUUUGGGGAAGUGUUUGAAGGCAUAUGGAAUGACACAACAGCUGUCGCUGUCAAAACACUCAAACCAGGAACAAUGGAUGCAAAGGACUUCCUGCGAGAAGCUCAGAUCAUGAAGAGACUCCGUCACCCUAAACUGAUACAGCUGUAUGCUGUCUGCACUUUGGAGGAACCAAUCUACAUUAUCACAGAGCUUAUGAGCAACGGAAGCCUUCUGGAAUACCUGCAGAAAGAUAGAGGUGCUCGUUUGCAUCUGUCUGAUCAGGUAGAAUUGGGAUCACAGGUGGCAGCUGGCAUGGCAUACCUAGAGUUGCAGAACUACAUCCACAGAGAUCUUGCAGCACGAAACGUUCUGGUGGGAGAAAACAAUGUGUGCAAGGUGGCCGACUUUGGUCUAGCACGAGUAUUUCAGAUGGACACUGACAACACUGGUGAGAAUGUUUAUGAGGCCAAAGAAGGAACCAAGUUACCAGUGAAAUGGACUGCACCCGAGGCCAUACACGAGAACAAAUUUACCAUAAAAUCUGACGUCUGGUCUUUCGGCAUCUUGUUGUAUGAAAUUGUGACUUUUGGACAGAUGCCUUACCCAACUCUGACAAAUUAUCAGGUGGUACAAAAAUUGCACACCGGCUACAGGAUGUCAUGCCCCCUUAACUGCCCAAAACAUCUGUAUGAGAUCAUGUGUGAUUGCUGGAGGGAGGUGCCUGCAGACAGACCCACCUUUGAAACGCUGCAGUGGAAACUGGAGGACUUCUUUGAGCCUGAUGUCAGCUCUUAUGACGAUGCAAGCCGCUACUAAACUAAAGAAAAACUACUACUGCUUAAAAACUCUACUUAACCGCAGAUGAGCCAAGUGCAAGGUUUUGGCAAGCAAACUUAAGAUGCUGUUUUAGUAUGAAUGGAGCCAGCUUCCCAUUUUUCCCCAAGAGAAAGAAACAUGCAUUUAUCAUUGUGUGUUUUCUUAUGUACAAACUACAUUAGUACCCUGAUAGCACAUGUACAUCACCCAGACGUCUAUUUGAUGUGUGUGUUUACAUCUGGAAGAUGUAGUUUUCUGGUUGUUUGCUCAUCUGAAUUACAUCUAUAAGACAUUGCCUUUCAGACGUCAAUAAGACAUUCAGCAGAUGUCUUUGAGACAUUUAUGAUUUAGAAUGUUUGUAAAUUUGAUCUUUUUAAGAUGAUUAGCAUAUGUUAUUUAGAAUGUGAUGCUUUUCAGAUGAAAUGCUCUUAAACAGACACGGAGAUGUACAUGUUAUAUCUGGGUAAGUACAAACUACAUUAGACUAAUACCUUGUGUUGUGUGACCUAAUACAAACUCAUUCUUCCAUUUAGUCUUUGAAGGCGUAUCUGCGUUUGUUUGUUGGCAAGUGUGUAUGUCACAAAUAACAUGCUGGCUUAAAGUCACUUUGUUUGUGUAUGUGCAGCUCAUGCUGGCACUGUGAAAUUGUGGGCUGUGACAAGAUUAUCACAGUUUUAUACUGAAAAUGUAUGCACUGGACAUUUAAGUGCAGCUGCUAUUGAGGUAUAAAUACACUGAGAAUGAGCGACACAUAAGUAUGGAAACAGGUGCCAUUGCAGCCUGUUUAACCAGUUUUAGCCAGUUUAAAUAGUGAAUAAGUCACACUAGAUGUUAGACUGAUCUGCUCGAUUUUGCGAGAUAAGAACAUACAGUGCAAGAGUGAGCACAAAUUAUGACUCUAAUUUGAGCCUCAUAGAAGAAUGUGAUUAUUAGCUGCAUUGUUUAGUCACAGUUGUGAAUGAUUUUAAAAUGAAUUUUAGAUCUGAAUAGAGCUUUUCUUUCUGAUUAAUUUACAGACUGUGUGGUUCUGAGUGGCUGUUUAUUUCACAAAUAUUACAAAAUCUGCAGACCAAAAUUAAUUUGACAGAAAUAUGUACUGUAUAUUUUAUAAUACAUAACCAGUACUGUGUAAGCUAAUCAAGCUGAAAGUGGUAUUAUGAAAAUGUAAUUGAAGGAUUAAUAUAUAUUUAAUAUAUUUUUGUAAUUCAAAGCCUAAAUGUAUGAUGUCUUUGCAUAUUUUAUGUAUAUUCACUUAGUGCAAUAAAGCUUCAUU